CCAUGUUUACAUCUCGGUGAAUCCAGAUGCACCAGCUGAACCCUGAAGCGGACUGGGAGUUCACAGGUGUGAUGGGAGAUGACAGCUCGGGGAAGAUGUUUGACUGGGACCAGGACUGGAACAUCUCGUUCGCGGGCUGCGGGUUCAGGAGUAUCUACUACCUGGGAGCGGUGAGCUGUAUCCUGGACCGGGUCCCGCAGCUACUGCACGGAGCCUCCAAGAUCUGCGGAGCGUCUUCAGGCUGCCUGGUGGCUGCAGCGCUGACUGUCGGGAUCCCGCUCGACCAGGUCUGUGCUGAUCUUCUGUCCGUGGCCCGAGCAGCCAGGAGCCACUCUCUGGGGGUCUUCCACCCGACCUUCAGCCUGCUGCAGACGGUGCAGGACUCGCUGCUGCAGAAGCUCCCGGCCGACGCCCACCUGAGGGCCUCGGGACGCCUCUGUGUGUCCCUCACCAGGAUCUGUGACGGGGCCAACGUCCUGGUGGAGGAGUUCAGCAGCAGAGAGGAGCUCAUACAGGUUCUGACCUGCAGCUGUUUUUUCCCUGUUUACUGCGGUUUCAUCCCUCCUUCGUACCGCGGAGUGCUCUACAUGGACGGAGCUCUGAGCAACAACGUUCCUCUGUUCGAGCAGAGGAACACCAUCACCGUGGCCCCGUUCUCCGGAGAGAGCGACAUCUGCCCCAGCGAGGGAACCUUCAACGUUCUCGACGUGCACUACGGCAACAUGAGCGUCCAGGUCAACACCGGCAACGUGCACCGCGUCUGCACCUCCUUCCUGCCGCCCAGCCUGGAGAAGCUGGCUGAGAUCUGCCACAAUGGAUACGUGGACGCUCUCCGUUUCCUCAGAGAGAGAGACCUGCUUGGAGCUCAGCGUCCUCCCUUCAGUUUAAAGGCUGAGACUGAUGCUUGUUGUGAGCCGCUGGAAGAAAUGACUGAAGCAGAAGAGUUGAAGAGGACAGUUGUGACCAGACUAACCUGUCAUCAGGAAGAUCAGUGGUGGCUCAGCCUGGAGGAGCUGCCAGCUGCCAUCAACAGAGUGCUGUGUGAGGCGUGCCGGCAGCGUCCCAGCAGAGCCUCUCUCUGGUCUCAGGUCUCUGAGUUCCUCCCAGUCAAAGUGUUGAUGUUCCUGCUGACUCUCGUCCUGCUGCCCGUCAGUCUGAGUCUCUCACUCAUCACAAGUGUGAUAUUAUCGGUGCUGAUGUCGGCUGCAGAUCUCUGCAGGAAGACACGCAGCAGCAGAGACCAGGAGCCCAGCAGCAGCAGCAGCUCCUCUACCUCAGACCUCCAGUUUCAGACAGGAAGAGACAGAAACAUUCAACCUUUGACCUCAACAAUCACCACCAACCCCAUCAAAGCUCCUCAGUGGGACAACAACGGGAACCUGGACGUGUUCUCCCUCUCAUCUACCUCUACGGGUCCAUCAGGCCUCCACACACUCGUUACUGCUGCACAGGGUAAGGCCUCUCUGAACCACCGGAGCAAACGGACACUAAACUAUCCAUAAACAGGCAGAAAAUAUUACUGUUUAUAAAUGGAAUAUAAUAUUUAUCUCUUCCGUUAGAUCGAGGUACUUAUUAGUACUUCAGUGUAGAACAAAUGUUUGUUUGGAUUCGUUUGACUCGUAUUUGUAUCAACUUCACAACCUCAACCACCAGCUGACCUGGUGACCAAAUAUUCAACUUUUUUUUUUAUCAAUGAUCAUACUUUUAAAAAAUAAUUAACCCUGACUUUAACCCUCGAGGCCUCUUUAAAAUUACCUUACACUUUACACCUUAAGGUCCCGAAAUGGUCCCUCUCAUUCAUAAAAAAGUGAUGCAUAAAUAUAUUUUUUUCACUUUCACCACAUCAAACCUUUUAGCAGCUUCAGAGCUAACAUAGAUAUAAUUUUUUUUUCAUUUUUUAUGUUUUUAAAACCAGAGACUUCUGACGUUAGAGAUCCUGUCCUCACGAAAACAACCACGAUGUAAACAAGAUUCAGCACGGUAAACAUAAAAAAAACAACAUAAAAAUGUCUUAUUCUCUUUGAGAAGCUUUUAAACAGAAAAAAGAAACAUUUCAAUGUUUAAAUACCCAACAUUCAUUGUGAAAAAGGACAGUAAAGGUAUGAAGAACUCUGUCGGGGUGAAAAGGCACAGAUGUGUCUUGGAUAGCACCGGGGCAACAUGUUUUGUAAAUUAUGCAAGAGUUUUAUGGCAUUUUUUUUUUUAAGAAACUGAAUAAAUGUCAGUAUUAGUCAUAUUAACAGUGAUUUAUGUUGUGUUUAUACAUGACAAAUAAAGUCCAGCUGAUUUAGAUUUGUUUUGUCAUAAGAAACCCUGAUUUUUUCAAGGGCAAAAACACAAAAUAUGCAAUUUUU